AUGGCCUACAAAUUCCAACAUGGCUGCCCCUAACGGUCCACCUGGACCACCACCAGGCGCCCCGCCAUCGUUUCCAUCCAAUGGCAUGGCUAGACCGCCGGGUCCGCCUGCAGGAGCUCCAUUCCAAGCUCAACCUGGGAUGGGAUUUCCAGCCUACGGAGCAUUUCCACCACCUCCACCUACGCUGAUGCCUAAUUUUGCUCCUCCUCUACCCCCAGGAUGGACCGAACAUCUAGCUCCAGAUGGUCGAACGAAAUAUUACUACAACAGUAAUACCAAAGAAUCGACUUACACUCGCCCGACGUUCAUCGCCAAUGGAAACGCCGUCGCUUCAUCCUCCACUGCUGAGGCUCCAAAGAAGAAGAAGAAGGAAAAGGCCAAAGAUAAAGUGUCUAUCCCCGGAACGACAUGGCAACGGAUCAAGACUAAUGAAGGGAAUGUGUUUUACUUUGAAAAGGAGUCCAAAAGAUCAGAGUGGACGAUCCCCGAAGAGAUAAAGGUAGAAGUGGAAGCUCUCGAAAAGGAUGAGCAAGAGGCCGCUGCUGCCUUAGCGAGGGAGAAGGAGUUAGAAGAAGAGCGUAUCAGAGCAGAGAUCGAAGCGGAGAAAAAAAGGAUACGAGAGGAAGUCGAGGCGAACAGGAAGCGCAAGGCCGAGGAGACUGCCGCUUCGGCGAAGAGAGCCAAGACGGACGGGGAUGACGAGGGCGGUGAAAGACGAGAAGAAGAAGAAGAAACGUACGGACCAGCAGACGAACAGGACGAAGCGGCUUGGAUGAAAGCUGUCGCCGCCGAAUUCGCAGAAGCCGACGCCAAAGCUCAAGAAGAUCGGGCGGAGGAUGCUCAACAUACCAAAGAAGAGGAACAAGCUGCGGCUCAAAAGGUCUUUGCUGUCCCUGACAAGGUCAAUGUGUCUUUAGAAGAAGGUAAAGCAUUGUUUCGUGCUCUUUUGGCGGAAAAGGAUAUUUCACCCUUUACACCUUGGGAUCAGUCCUUACCAUUGUUCAUCAACGACCCUCGAUACAUUCUCUUGUCGUCCGCCAAAGAUCGACGAGAAGUUUACGAAGACUACUGUCGUGAUGUCGGUCGAGCGAGGCGACUUGGAAAGGCCACGAAGACGACUGAAUCGGACCCGGAGAAGGAAUACAAAGCUCUGAUGCGAGAACAGGUGACGAGUACACGGACGCGAUUCGACGAUUUCAAACGUCAGUGGAAGCGGGAUAAGCGAUUCUACUCGUAUGGAAGGGAUGAUCGAGAGAGGGAAAAGACGUUCAAGGUCCACCUUCGGGAACUUGGUGAACGUAAACGGGCAGAUGCUCAGCGCGCCGAAACGGAUUUCAACGAAUUGCUGGCGGAGACGGAUAUCAAGCCCGAUAGCGUCUGGUCUAAUGUCAAAAAGGGCAUCUCGAGCGAUCCACGGUACGAUGCGGUGGGCUCGAGCUCGUUGCGAGAAGAGCUGUACAACACUCAUGUGAAGAAGCUUGAGAGCGUCCCGGCAGACGAGACCCCCGAACAGGCCGCCGAACGGAAACUCAAGGCCAGGCAGGAAAAGGCCGCAGCGAGCUUGAAGGAGCGAGAGUCCCGUGUGAAGGAAGAGCAGGGUCGAAUGGCAAAAGAAAUGGACAAGAGUCGUGCAGGUGCAGGUCGAGAAGAGGCCCAAAGACUGUUUGGCAGUCUACUGGUGGAUCAAGUCAGAGAUCACGAAAUCCCUUGGACCCAAGCUGUUCAAUUUCUCUCAGCCGAUCCGCGAUUCAACCAUCCAUCUCUGUCUUCUCACGACAAGCAGCGCAUGUUUGGCGAACACGUCACUCGCAUUUCCUCUAAGCGGUCCAACGCUCUGCACUCAUUGUUCGAGGCAAAUUUCCCAUCCCUCGACACGUCCUACGAAUCAGUCUAUCCUCACAUCAUUGAUGACCCGCUAGUCAAGCGGCUACAGCUCUCCCCUGACGCCCUGGAAGCGAGGUUUGACGAAUGGAAACAGUCCCGACUUGCCGAUGCUCGUCGGGAUUUUGACGAGAUGCUGGGUGAUAAUUCGUUUGUAGACUUCUGGAGCAAGAUGAGGAAAAAGACACUAGACGAAGAAGCUGCCAAAGUCAAAGAAGAUGAGAUGGACGAUGGAGAAGGAUUGGGGGAAGGUGGAGAUGCAGAUAUCACGGCUCUGGGUCGACAAAUCAACCUGGAAGAGAUCAAGUCGGUUCUACGGCGGGACAAACGUUACAGGCAGUUUGACCAUAUUCCGGAGCAAAGAGAGCAGUGGAUCAGGGUGAGCCUUCCAGGCAUGCAGAUGGUAGGCCGAGCUGAUCCCCCAUCGUUUCUGUAUUCAGGACCAUCUUGAGCAAGUUGAAGCUGCUUCUGGGUCCAAGACUAUUCAUAACGUGGGACAAAAGAGAUGAUCGAUGGCAGUCUUCUUUUUUUGCCUAUUAUAGCUAUUUGAUAUAAGGUGUGGC